AAUUAAUUAUUUCUUAUAUUCUAAAAUUAAUAAUCACCACGUAGAGGAGUUUAUAAAUAUAUAAGCUAAAAAAGGACCUUUUUUUCAAUUGAUUAUCUGGUUUAUAUAAGUUCAUAAUUGGACUAUGAAAAAGAGUGAUAUUAAGAUUGUGAUAGAUGUGCCAAAUCUAUGAGAGAUGUGGUAUAUCUUACUGGCAUGUUAAUUAGCUUAGUAAACAUCAAAAUUAAGCAAGUGACAUGAAGAGGAAUUCGAAACUUAGAGUUUUUCCAUAUGGUAAGUAUCCUCUUUUCUCUAAUUAUUCUGCUCACAUCAGAUGCAUUUGAAUACUGUAGUGAUCUUAAUGCUGCAUAACAAUUUGAGAAGUCUUAUCAUUUCUAUGUCUAUACAUUCCGUCCAGUCAGUUUGAGAAUUAAGAAUUUCUAAAUGUUCGAUUGUAUAAGUAAUUAAGCAUUAUUCAGAAUGAAGUUGUGCCGGUUAGUGCAAUCAAUUUAUGGUUUGGUUGGAGUUAACUUUUCUUUGUUUUUAUAACCAGUUGGUUUUACAUAAAUGUAUGGAUGCAAAAGAUAUUCACAUUAUACUGUCCACUUAUUUUAUAAUUUUUGUAAAGUUUAAAAAAGCGUUAUUUUAUCAAUGAUACUUAAUCACUGAUCACUUUAAACCCUAUAAAAAAUAAUUGGAAACUUUACUCAAACUUGAGUGUUACGAAAUCUAUUCCAGACCGAUCAACACAGUUUCAAAUUACUUUGUUGUCUCGGUGUACUCUAAAACUAAUAAUAAGAUAAGUAACUUUGCCCUAUCAUUUGUACAUCUUAAUAAUUGUGUGGAGAUAUUAUUUAUAGUAAGAUUUAGACUAAAUGUUUUAUUUAUCUGUUGGGUUAACUCAUAUUAUCUUUACAUUGUAUCGAAUACCAGUCAUUAUGUGCGUAAAGGGCAUUUUCAUAUCAAACUGUCAUAUGUUUGAUACACAUUUAAAAAACCUAGUGUCUCCAUACCUUUUAAAUGAGAUUUAUUACCUUGAGAAACAAUUCAUAAACGAAAAUGAAAUGUUGCACGUAUGUUAAGUAUACUGUGAUUUGCUGACAGUAGACUUUACUGUGUCAUUAUAUAUACAUAUAUAUGUCACAGAUUAUAAUGUACAAUGUAUAUAGUACGACGUCGUUUGUCAUGUGAUAAACGAAUGACACAAUGUUUUAUUGACAAAAGUAGUAAGUUUCUGUAGGCCUUUUUCAUAUUCAUAAUUCACAAAAGAAUGAGUUUCUUCUUCAAUAAACUAAUAACAUAAAUGUAACUGUAAGUAUCUAUGCAGAAUUGUGCUCCAAAACUUCUCAAAGAAUAAAUGAAUUACCUAAAGCAAAGCUAGAAGUAAAGGACGUUUAUUCUGUAACUGAAUAAAAAGAUACAUAUAAUAUCAUGUUUAGAUUAGUAUGUGACUCACUACAGUGUACUGAUUUAUCAACACUGAAAAAUAACCUCACUUUUCCAAAGGAUAUCUACUUACCUAACUUAUUGUUAGUUAAAUUAUUGUUCAGCAUCCCUAGUUUCUAGAAACUGGUGGAUGUUACUGAAAUUACGACCGUAUCGAACUUAAAAAACACAAUAAAUAUCUGAAAGCACUGGAAAGCUGUUUCAUCUUAUUGUGGGAUUUUUCAGCAACGCUCAUUUAUAUUGUCACUUGAGCUAGAAUCCAGGAACUUAACAUCUAGAUCACCGAGCCAGCAUACUGUGAUUUGCAUGUCUAACUCAAAUCAACCUUCGGUACGGCACAACCAUCUUGCACUGUCUGCUGAGGAGCCCUGUACCUGGACGACACUAAUAUUCAGAGCUUCGAGAUUUUCAGUGGUUUUCUAAAUUGGGUAUUUUAGUAAUUUCAAUAAACUCUCAAUGCUACAAAGAAGAAUUAUACACUUGCAAUGAAUAAUUUAAAAUCAUGGCACUAACCGUUAAAUCACAAGUUCAUGUUCUUACAAUAGAUUAAAAUUGCAUGACUCGUAAUGAUAAUAACAAUACAUUAAUAUUAUAAUUACACUUUUAUUUUAAAAAAAAAACACUUUUUAACAAAAACUUGACUGUUUCUAUCAAUUCUAGAUUAAUUCUCAAGUUGUAAAUAUCGAUUGUCAAAGAUACUUUUAGUAUACUUUAGGAGAAAUUCGAUAACAUGGAUUUGCUAUCAUUAUCAAAAAACUGAUUAAAAUAAUGAAAAGUGUCUAGUAUUUUAUGUUUAUUUUAUGGUUAUUCAAGUUGGUCAUCAGUUAAAUGAAUUAUUAUAUCAGAAUAAGGGGUGAAAUAACUAGAUAGGAAUUUCUGCCAAUAAUGUAGUGAUAUGAUACAAUAAAAACUAUCAAUAAAUGUUUUCAACGUAGAUAUUGCUACCAAGUUAUCAUUUGUUUAGUGGUAUCCAGUGAUUAAAACGAUUGUUCAAGUAAUUCUAUUCAGGAUUAACUAAAUGGCUGAGUUUGGGUGACUAGCGUUCUCAAUAAAAUUCAAGCCCGUAAAUGCUCAAUUAAGAAAGUUAUAGUUUCAAGAUGGGGAACAUUUUAUCGUUCUAUCCAUUGUUUUUAGUAGAAAUGAUAAUUAAAUGUGAAAAGAUCUUUAGUAAGUAUUCCAAUAUCAUAAUUAGGUUUAUGGUGUUCAGAUUUAUACUGUAAUUUAAUCUUUCUAUUAAUUAUUGUACUAAAAUUAAAACUGACAGUAGAUGUCAGUAUAAACUGAUAAAAUCAUAAAUAACUCUGGUUGACUUUAAAGUGUUUUGUAUACUGAGAGCAAUCAUUUUCUUUCCGCUGAAUUAAGAGUACGUUUUGUUCGAGUUCACGGUAACUUUUUAAAUCUACUUUUUACAUGGCAGGAGUCAGUUAUUCAUACAAGUGAUAAAUAACUGAAGUUUCCGUAUCAAACAUUAGAAAAUUUCAUAAAGGUGGUGAUUCUCAUAAUAUUUCAUCAGUUACAUCACUACUUACUAUCUUUCUCGCCUUAUCAUUUUCUUUCCUAAUAUCUGUAGGUCUUGACGAUGAUUUUACCUGUCAUUAUACUUCAGAUAAAUCCCAGUUUUACAAACAAUUAUUAACAUAUGGCCUUUAUUCUUAACGGUACUCUGAACUGAUCGGCUACUAUAUAUUCCUUUUACUUCGCUGUUAGUGUACACUUUACCGGACUGGCAUUCGAGAUACAAACAUUUGACGCUCGGGAUCAUCUCAUUUUUAAAAACGAAGAUAGUUAGAUCUCUUCUGAUUUUAUGGUCGUACAAAUGAUCGAUAAAAAUUAUAAGAAAUGAGUCACUGUCUAUCUUAUAUUGGUAAAUUUUGUGUAUGAUUGUAACGAUACCAUGAUAAAUAGUUGGAAUACAUUCUAAUCAUAUUGGAUCUGAAGGACUAUGGGGUUCAUUCAAUAAAAAGAUAUACCAUCUCUACAAUUUCAAUUCCAAGUGUAUGCCUGAAAGAUAAUAUGCUGUUUGCCUUUACUUUCAGAAAUGAGAAGAAAAAAGGAUAACCUAUUCAUUUAAGUUAUAGGGUUAGGGAAUGUCUCAUGAAAUCAUAAUAAACGGAAAAAAAUUACUGUUGCUUGCCGUACCAAACUUGCAAGAAAGAAGGCUUUCAAUCGGAUAACAUUUGAUUUACAAUGUUUAUGAUGUGUACUAAUGUUUUCUAGUCACUAAUAUGUUUAAACUUGUUGAAGUUGUCAGGUGUCACAGUAAUGCGAUUGGAGUGAAUGCCAACUUCGGCUAUAUACAUUGUUCUGAUAUCUAAUUAUUAGAGCAUUUAUUGUCCAGUUAUUGCUAUUUUUUCGUAAAUCUUCAUCGUUCGUAACUAUAAUAGAACCAAUUUCUGUCCCGAUUCACUAAAUAUGUUUAUAACACACUACUUAAAAACUACUGUCGUUAUAUUUCUGAUGAACUCACAGAACACACAGAAAGAAAUAUUCAUUGAUGAUAGAAUUAAUGAAUAAUGCAGAAGUUUGAUAAGAUGAAAAUGUGUUUGAAAUUUCCAAAUAUUUUAUGCUUUUUAUUAUACUACGAUCAAUGGUUUUAUCGAUGAUUGGGUUUCAAUCCAUGCUGUAUAAAGUCACAUACAUAAAGCUGUUUAGUAUGAUAAUAUUACAAAAAUGCUGUUGUCAGACCCAUGAAUGAAGUAAAAUUUGAUGAAUAUAUGUGUGUCAUCAAUUAUUACAGUUGGUUUUUAUUUAGCUGUGAGAAGUGGAAAGUAAAUAAAAAAGUAUUUCUCACUUUGAUUAACUACUGAAUAUGAAAUUGUUUGUUAUGUUCUACAAUCACAACUUUCAAGUUAUUCUUAAAGUCCAGAAAAGUCUUCUGAAAUCACUUCACAUAAGUAGUGAUAUGUUGUUAUCUUUCCGUCUGUCCAACACUGGAUAUUCAUUGUAUGUGACUAUACUUAUCUUUGUUAACAUAAUGAUUGUAAGGAGAAAGUAGAAAUUAAUGGUGAACGAUUUGAUUUCAAAAGAAUAAAGAGAAUCAUAAAUAAAUGCUGAAUUAUGAAUAAAUAUUUAACUAGUAUUAACUCCUGUUUGUCUGAUGAUUAAUCGAGAAUAGUAAUGAAAAUACAAACGUGGGAAAAUGGAUUUAUUAUUUAAUUUCUUCAUUAAAUAUCUGUUUAUAAGACCAUUACAUAGAUAAAUUAUUUGAAAAGUAGUAGGAUUAUUUAACUUGCUUUCUCAUUUUUCAUAAUUAUUAUAGCCAGAAAAUGAGGACAGAUUGAAACAAUUACAGUUAAUGGAAUUGGCUGUUCUAAAUGGUAUGACAUGGUUUGUUGUGUAAUCUUUCUACUUUUGUGUGUUUAUCUGUGUCGGUAUGCUUCUACUCAACUGAUAAACAUUUGCCAAUAAUUAAUAAUUGAACUAACUGCCUAUGAUUGUUUAAAUCUUAUUAAAAAUUAUAAUAACCUGAUUAUAUUGCUAUCCUAACAUUAGCUAGUUAAUUGAUUAGUUGAGUUGUGUUUUUGUAUGUAUGUAUGUAUGUAUGUAUGUAUGUAUGUAUGUAUGUAUGUAUGUAUGUAUGUUUGUAUGUGUGUAUGCAUGUAUGUUCGGUGGUUAUACUCAUACAAUGAGAUCAUGUUUAUCCAUGUGCAUUAAACAAAGAAAACAAGUUUUGGUGCUUCAUUUUUUAGUACUUAUACUAUCUUGCCAAUAUUAUGUUUCGAAGAAGACUGAGACAUCAUUUCCAUUGCUAGUACACUCAUAGUCCAUUUCUAUGUAUGUUUGUAUUCGUGUGUUUGUGCAAUGGUCUCAACUAGUUUUGAUUUCAUCAUACUGUCACUUCUAACAGCAUCUGUCUCUGUUUAAAUGUGUGUGCGUGUAAAUUGGCUUGUGUGAAUAGUUACAGCAGGGUUUAUUGUUUCUUACUGUUUCUUCUAAUGCAUUGAUAACUAUUGUGGUAUGACUGAUAAAAAAUUUAACGCUAUAAAUGUGUAACUUCAUUUGUCGGUGUCAGCGCCUAGUGCUUUGCAUAUCUUUUUAAUAAUAAUACAAAUGUUUAUAUGUGCUCUUACGUGUGGGUAUUAUGUAUUUAUAAAUGAAUAGAUUAUGCUUCAAAUAUUUUGUUUGUUUACAUUUCACCUUCCAUUAAUGUAUACAUGUGAGCAAUUCUUAUAUAUAUAUACAUAUUAGUAUUACUGUUUUUGGUGCGCACUGUCAUUUUUAUUGCUUUCAUUUUAUGUGUUUUACCUGAAAAUUCAUUUGCUUAAAAACAGUUUGUUUUUAUUCAUUGCAUAUCACUAACCUAUACUUGUACCGUAACUGUAUAACAGUAUGUGUUUUCACCACAUUCAUUAAUGUUCACAAUUCUCCUUUUGUCAUCAGUUUCAUCUAGACGCAGCUAGUUUUAUCAAAGAAUAUUUAUGUUCGAUUACUUUUUUGUGAUUGCGUCAUAGUUGCAUAGUAAUACUAACAUUAUUAAUUAACAUGCACUUAUUCAACAUUUAAAACUAUUUCUGCCACUACGAUGCUUUUGUUUAGUCUACUGGAAAUAUGACAGAAUUUAAAACAAGUAAGGAAAGGACAUUGAUAAUGGUGGUUACCAACUUAGCGAAAUCCCAAAGAGUAUAAUUAAGAUAAUGAGUUUUAUUUUUUUAAAAACCUAAGAAUUAGUGUAUAUUACAGUCAGUAAAAUUCUUAUUGAAAAAUAGACUAUAGUAAGUUUUGUACACAGUUAACCUGGAUCAUAAUCGUUCAGCAAAACAUUAAAUUACUCAUAUUGAUUAGUAGUAUUUAAGGCUGUCGUUUGUUGUAAGUGUUUUUUAGAACACUUUUAUGUACUGAACUACUGAAUGGUUAGAUAAAUAAAAUCCAUGACCUACUAAUCGUCUCAAAUGAUGACCGUUUGCUUUAGAACAUUAACAGUUUUCUAGUGAAAAUUGCUAUCACCUAUUUCUGUUCACUUCAAUAAUUUACCAACAUUUAUAUUUGGAAUUCCAGAAUAUUUUUGUUUUGGUUAUUACUAGUUUAUUGUUUGAAGCGCUUCCUACGAGUAAUGUUAAAUUUGGUCACUCGAAAUUAUGGAGGUCGAGUUCUUUCAGGUUAUCUUUUAAGUAUUUGACAUUUAUAUUCACAUGUGGAGAACAAAUUAUUUUCACACGUGAUCCUACCAAAGAAAUGUAAUGGCUAUUUUGGGUUUACUAACAUUAAGACAUGAAUGUAUUAUUAUCGGUAAAUCAAUCAGGAUUAUAAGGUAUGAUUUUGCACCAAUUCUUUUCCAUAUUUUAUGCUCUUGGAUUCACACAUACCAAAUGUUCUCAUCAUUUUAGGAAUACAUGUGACUUGGUACACAGUUAAUCUAUUGUUCCCAUCAGUAAAGUUUAAAUAAAUACUAUGAGAUUUUGUUUAGCUGUUUUCGAUUAAUCUUUCUGCUAAGCAAUUAGAAGACUUAGAAUUACAUUUCAUUUUAUUGUCUGUUAUAAACCACUGGUGUCAUGAAAAAAUUUGGGCUUCUCUAAAUUUCUAGAUUUUUAAACUCCACUUCCUACCGUUUAGCUCAGAGAAGUUAAAGUGGCUUUAUUUAGUUAUAAUUAACUCGUGCUGAUGGUGGGUUGUACAUCAAAACAGUUUCAAGAUAAUACCUUAUAAUGCGGUAGAAAGGUCCUAGUUAUCUGUAAGACUGCAGCUUCAUGUUGGUGAAUAUACGGUCAAUGAUUUGUGGAUAACUUACUGGCAUUGAUAAGUUUAGCCAGGAUUUUAACCAGACAAUUUAAUGUACAUGCUACUUCACAGACUGUAGAUUUUGUGACCAAAAUAGUUACAGCCUAACUGUAGUUGUAGACACCUUUUAUAAUCUCUGUCUAACUGGGCAUAAAUAGAAUACAUUUCUAUACUUCAUCUAUACUUCAUAGUGGUUUCAGUGGUUUCACUACUCUGUCAGUCAGUAUCUUCAUCAAAUCACUGGGAAGAACCUAGAUUUAUUAUUUGUAUUGGUGAAUCGGAAUUCGGUAAAGCCCAAAAACUGCCAUUUGUGUAAAAAAUCUAGUACCACAUGAUAAAUAUUCACGUGCUAAGUUUAUCGAUUCUUUAAUUCCUACUACAACAGUUAUAAAUAACAGAAAAAAUGUAAAAUAACUGUGCUACCUUGAGGCACAACUUGAAAUACAAGAAAAAUAGAACAGUGAAACAAUGACCAGUUCCAGUUAUAAGAUAUUGUCAUCUGUUCUGUUUAUCAUUCCAUCCGUUAUUUAUCAUUUUAUUUUGCAACAUUUCCAUAACAUAUAUCUAUAGAAAUAAAAACGAUUACACUGAUCAAGCUGGUUACUUAGGAAAACGGUAAACAGUUUUUUGUAGAUAAUUGAUUAUUUGUUUAUUUAUGUUUAUAUAUGCACUCUUGAAGGCAACGAAAUGCUGGGUACUGUAUUUACUUGGGGUUUAAUAAUAUUUCACUGUUUUGACAUGUAUGGACAACAGCACUCUAUUCAUCAAUUGAGAGCUUAAACAAUGACUCCGGUGAUACCUUUAAAUAUUUGGGGAUGCUAGUUUGUCAUUUACAGACAGUGAAAAAUUAUGGGCAAAAUUUAAACUCAUUUGGUGGAUAUCUUUAAAUUAUUAUCACUCACUUCAUUAUUUUUUGUUAGAGUACUUAGUUACUUGAAUGAGUUUUGUUGGACAUGGCAACUGAAUAGCUAUAUAUAAAAUCAUCAUUGAGCACCACUUUAGUUAUUUUUCCUUUUUUGAAAGAUACUAUCCGUUUGCUAAAAAUGGAUGCUGAAUAAUAAUAAUUAUUAUUCUAUGUAGUCGGAUUUAAUAAAUAAUAUUUAUGGUUACUAACGUUGACUCACAAAUUGUUUGACAGCAAAAUGAUGUUUGGUGUGUACAAAUGAUGUUUACCGGUGACAAUAAUAUAAGGUGGGGUUUCAUUCCAUGACGGCGUCAAAAUUCUAGUAAUGGUGUUCAAAUUUUCUCUUUCAUUUUCUCUAAAAAAUAUAACAGAUCAGUGUAUUUUGAAAUGGUAACGAAUAUGAAAAUAUGUCAUUUGUAUUCUUGAACGUCAGAUAAUUGGUAAUUGCUUUUAUCUUAAGAGCAUAAUUUUUUCGUAGUGUUCAUAAUUAUGUAGGAUAAUCUUUCAUGUGAAGUAUUAUGUUAGUUUCUGCUAACUCUUAAAGGAUUGUACUAUGUAUUAUGAACUGUUUAAGCACAUGUAUACAUAUUUAUGAAAUUUACAUUACCUAUUAAAAUACUGGGGAACCAAAACCGUUUUGAUGAAAGUAAUCGACUAGGUUUGCAUACCAAUGAUAUUUGAUAAACGUGAUCUGGUUAGAUUGUGAUAAUAUGUUAUGAAUCCUUUUUGUGUUAAAGUAUAACAAGAAGGAUAUCAGAUGAAAAUAACAACACGGUUGCUAUCUCUUUAUGUGAUGAGGUCAAUGAUAAGUGAAAAAGAUUGUUGUAUGCUGCUUCAUUUCUGCGCAGGUUCUAUGUUAAACAUCUAAUGAUAUAAUAUGACACAAUUCACCUUUAUUUCAAUCAUAGCUGACAAUCAUAGUGCUGAAAUGCCUUUUCUUACCUAGAGUGAUGAACCUGAUUAACAUUACUACAUAUAUCGAUUUAUAAACUUACGCUUUCACGUCAAAUCAUACCGGAAAAAUCACCUAAUUGUGAAUGGAUCAAAUUAUGAGUCUACAGUUUAUGUAUUUCUGGAUUGAUGAUACUCAAAUGUAACAAAGAUAAAGUGUUCUAAUUCCAGAUGAUAUUACUAGUCAUUAAAUAAUAAAUCUUUAAUUUAGCAAUAGUUACAAUAAGUUCCCACGAAUUUAUUCUGCCAGUCAGUUUUAUGGUAAAAUUCAUAAAGUACCAACGAACGAUAUUUAGAAAUAAUAAAAAAAUCAGCUAAUUUUAAGCAUUGUAGGACCUUAAUGUUAAAUUAUGUAACAGUAAAAAAAUUUUGACAAUGCGUUACUAUAUCUGUCGUUCAUCAGUUGAAUGGGUCAUAUUAUCUUCCUCUCAUUUUUAUUUCACUCUGCACAAAUUAAUGACUCAGCGACAUUUCUCAUUUUGUUUAUGUUGAACUGAGUUUAUAAUUCACUUAUUAAUGACAAACGUCUUCAUUGUUUAAUUGUAAACUUCAUUUCUUUCUUACUGACAAGAAUGUUAUUCUGCUUAUUUACCAGUUUAUACAUAGCUGGACUUAUAUAGACACAGAAAUAUGUUAUCAGCUUAUAGUUGAUAUUGAAUUGAUGCAUUCUAAGUAUAAGGUAGAGGUCAAGAAUUUGAUUUUAUUAGUUUUAAUGCUUUUCAUGUUAUUGGUUAUUUUCGUUCUUCAUCAUUUUCGUUUGGUAUUUCUCAUGCGUUCUACUUCAAUUGUUGUAACUGAUUUAUUUUCAUGAGCUAAUUUUUCUCGUGAACAUUCUUGUCGUAUUUUUAGUUAUUCAGUUACUUCAUAAACGUCUAAACAUUGUCUAGGAAAUUUGUUAAUGAAGCCUUAGAUCUAUUAGGAUAGAGUAGAUUAUAGGUAGUAGUGUAUCUGAAAUAAUUCUAUAAACAAACUGUUACUCAAUGUUAAAUUUCUAGUAUAAUUGUUCAAAUUUAUUUACACUGGUCAAAAUGAACACAUUCUUCAGUGGUUAUACAUCCUCUUUGUCGGAAAAUAAUAAUAUUCUAAGUUUUGUGAGCUGUGGGUUAAUGAUUAAAUCAUUUAACGUUUAGCUACUAAGUCUCGGGUCCAAACCUUGCUCAGUCUAUUUCGGUUCAGGCAACCGAAUAAUAUCGUUAACCUUCAUACUUAGAGUAUAUGACUCGUAUAUAAGUAUCUGGUGAAUAAAUUAACUGUUUUAUUUCUUUUGUGAAUGAAAAUUGUGUUUAAUAGCAUAUUGCUCUUUUUCAGUUAUAUGGUUAAAAUAAUAUACGGAACCACAUCUUAGAUAGAAUCUAACCAAGUCUGUCAUGCCAUUGUCUGUGACACUAAAUAAGGAUGUCAAAACAGAUUGUCUUUUAAACUGAUUUUUGAAACGAAAUGUGGAAAUUAAUGAUUGCUGAAUCAAAGAUUUAGUGUUACACCUAGUUUUAAACUGAAUUGAGCAUAACAGGGCAAAUUGAACACAAAUAAAGAUGUCCGAAUAAGUGAAAAGAUUGGAUGAAAUCGAUUCCGCGGCUGAAAGGAUCCCAGCUAAACUAAAUUACCAAUAAUCUAUAUAAAACAUUCAUAUCUACACAUAAUAGUACGUUUGAGUUUUUCAUUACAGUAACUUUUUAUUUACCGCCUAUAGUGAAAUUUAUGAAGAUAAGAAAAAAUAUAAACUUUCCAUGCUACGACUGCUAUUCAGAGAGCUAUAACAGUGUGAUAAUAAACGAUUGAUAAUUUACUACAUGAUAUUCAGUGUGAUGAAUUAAAAAACACACCUUAUAGAUUUACACCUCUGUAAAGUGUUAGUAUAUCAGGCCGAGUAGCAUGACUGAUAUGCGAGGUUUCAACAAUCACCAACUUUGUUUAAAUCCCAGAUGAACUAAAGUUUAGAUAACUGACCUCAUUGACCAAUCUCACUUGUUGAGAAAGAUCAUUAACUACUGAUGGCCGUGGUGUGAUUUUAUUACUUUAACACACUGGGAAUCACAGACUACAAGGAUUUGAUCCAGCUAAUCAAUUAUAACCUCAGGUAAAUGAGUUCUACGCUGGAUUUAUGUAGCUUUUAAGAUUAGUGUUUUGUUUUCAGAAUAUUUCUUAGUCACCUCUUAUCUUGAAUUUACUUUUAUGAAACAUUUUGUUCCAAAAGUUGGAAACAGAAAGUUUGGAUAGUCUGUAUUAUGUACUUUCAGUAACUAGUUUUGUGAAAGCUUCACUUGUAUCACAAAUGAUAUCAAAUAUCUUAUUGAAAAUAAUGUAAUUUUAACUACGUGAUAAAAAAUCACUCUGUUUGCACCAUUUCCAAACGUCAGUGUAAUUCAUUAAGAUAUUGGUAUUGUGUAAACUCGAUAUUCAUAUAGCAUGAGAAUGAAAAUGAACACCGAGAAAAGUACAACCGGCGAUCCUCUUUAAACAUACAUGUGCAUCAAUAAGAUAUAAUCCCUUGUUUCAUAUAUGCGUCUGUCUCGUUUCUGUAAAACGUAUAUCUCAAAGUUUUUCAAGUUUUCUAAGGAAUAUUGGUUUAAUUACCAUUAAGAUAAAGGAGAAUUUGUUUUUUUAUUUAAGCUAUUUUCGAGUAAAACACGUUUGUUUGUUUUUCCGCGAGGCGUGUCAGCGAAUACGUUAGUAGGGAAUAAAACAGACAACUAUUUAUUUAUAAGUUACAGAUGACAGUUAUAUGUUGGAAUGUUCUGUUUUUUGUCUCAUCUAAGUAUACUGAUAUUGUAAUCGUUUUGAAUGGGCUCCACAAUUAUCGUGAUGUUGGUCAAAAAAGUCCACCAAAAUUCAGUGCCUUCAUAAUGUGAAUUAUUUAUUUUGGUUUGCAAUGAAUAAGUGCAUUUAUUUACAUUGGGUCCCGAGAUUUAUCUUUUUCUAUGAUUUUAUGAAUUAUUUUAACGAAAUGUUCUAUGAAGACAAUUUUAGCCACAACAGUGGAUGAAUCCUACUCUCAUUCAGGCUCGUUGUCCUCCCUUCUAUGAUGUUUCGUCAACCCCAUUCGGAAAUAUAGGUGUUUGAAUUUCGACAAUAUUCCUUCUAUAUUGUGAAAUUAAUCGUAACAGUAUUAUAAUUAAAGACAACACAUAUUGACAUUUGUGUUUACUCAUUCGAAUCUGUUGCAUUUUCAGUCAAUAUUUAAUUCUAGUUAUCAGAGAGACUUUAAAAACUUUCCAUUGAUAAUAUUUCUGGUUUUUUCUUUAUCCCAAAAAUUAUAUAAGCCUGAUGGAGAAGAUCAGGUGAAGAAACGCCAGCUUAUGGAAUUAGCAAUUAUCAAUGGUACUUAUCGAGCUGUGAAUCAACGUUCCAUUUUCCUCCCUUCAACAAAUUUAGCAAGUGAAUUACCUUUGAGGGAUGAGGAUUUACACCAACAAUAUAUAAAUGGACAUGUGAUAAGGCGUUCUCACAGUCCGAUCGAUAAUUCAGAUAUAGCGUUCAAUCGUGAGUGAUAAAGUGCAUGCGUUGAAAAAUAUCUGUACCAUCGUUUGUUGUUCGUGUUAUUUUUUGUGUAGGAACGAAAAGAUUUAUCUCGUAGUUGGUGUUGGUUAAGGGUGCAUGCGUCACUAUAGUAAUUUUGUACAUCUUGAGUUGUUUGUCAUCAUUUCGGUAAUUGGUUUUCAUUUUAUGUUUUUAACUCAAUUGCAUGAUUUGGAAUGUUUGACAUACAUACUUGAUCAUAUCAAAAUGCUUCAUACUUAAUGAUUAGGUACUGGUUAUUGAUCAAACUUGAUUUCAGUAGGGUGUUCAGUUUUCAAAGGUCGGAAUCAUUAAGUAGUCGUAAGUAUCUCAGAUUUCAUAGGGCUUCUUAGUAAUUUAAAGGUGAUCACUGAAGUCAGAUAAAGUUAUAGUUUAUUAGCGGACUGUUGACAUUGAUUCAGGUUUUCGUUUAUAAUUUUGUCCGUAUUUAUUUAAGACUCUUUAUCAGACUGAAGUGUUUUCAUUCUCGUAGUUCGAAAAUUGUUUUUUUGUGGGAUUUGCAAAUUCCAUUAAAACCCAAGCUGGCUAUUCAAAGCUAAUAUAUAUUCUCGAGCCCUUCAACUGAUGUCCCUUCUACUCUUAUUUUUAAGAAUAAUGAACUGAGAUCUCAUUAUAUGUUCGAAUACGAUUGCAACAUACAGUAUAAAUUAAUAGAAAUGAGAAUAUGAAAAUGUGAAGAUUUAAAUUCAAGAAUUCUCAAUUUCUUAUUAGUUAGUAUGAAGCAGUUUUCAUUUCUCUUAUUUUAUUCUUAUUCCGAUCUUCGAAAUCCUGCUACCGCUGUUUGAUAAAUAUUAAUUUUCAUAGUUUAGACACGAACAGAUCUUAGCUAUACCAAUAAUAGGCUUUUCUUAGUGUGGGACUCCUCAGUAGUGCACAUUCACAACUCCAAAUCCGAGAAUUCAGCCCGUGAUUGACUGAAGUUAGACAAUAACACCGUUGGAUACUAGCUCAAAGAUCUAGAGGUUAAGCAUUCGCAUGCAAGACCGAAGGUCCUGGGUUUGACUCUUACACACAAGGUCAUGCAUGUCCACUGCUAAAGAGUUCCUUUAUAAGACGAAAAUGCCAUCCAGUGACUCUACGUUUUCAAUGGUUGUUUAACUAGUAUCAGUUUGUAAUUCAAACUAUGAAAAUAUUCAUGUGCUUAUCAGAUCAAACAACACGAAAUAUGAUAUUAUAAGGAGAAUAAUUUUUUGAACUCCCUCUUUCCGACAAAAAAAAAAUGAUUUAAUACCGGUUGUAUAUGACUAACACAUUUAAACUCUCAAUUUUAAUAGUUCAACUGUUCAAAAAAUUUUUAAUCACACAUAUAAAUUCGGAGAAACUGAACUCAUUAAACUUGUGUUUGUUGUUCAUUGCUGUAUUUGUGAAUAUGACAGAUAUGACAUUGACCCAAUUCUACACUUUAAAAUGUUCAUGGUUCGUUGUACUAAAAAAUAAUAUUUGAUUUCAAAAAGUUUACAAACUUGAUCCAAACAAAGAAAAACUCUAAGAAGUACUUAAAAUACAUAAAGUUGGUAGUUAGUUGUCAAAUGACACGAGUUCUUAUCUUAGUGAUUCUAGAAUUAGCCAACUUAUCAUCUAUGAAGUAAAUAUAUAUUGGACAUUUUUCUACUGAGUGCAAAUCAUUUGAAUAGUGAACAUAAUUUGCAAACUUUGUUCACAAUCCACUCGAAAUUAUACUAUUUAUCUUAAGUUUUGAUGUGCUUAUAAAUUAAAAUGAAGGGUGCAGCCCAUAAGACGAACCAUAAACCGUUAGUUUACAAAAACAUUUUCAUUUAUUCAGUUUAUACAAUAACUAAGCGACAUAUUUUCACAGUUCAAAAUGCUUCAGACGAAAUUCUCUUCUAAAGGUAACAAUAAAAUAAAGUAGUUUUGUAUUUACGAUUCACACAUUUGUUUGCAGAUAAACAUGGAGUAGUUUUUUAGUCUUGUUAGAUUCCAAUGAAAGUUUGUGUUACCAUGAAUAAUAUUUGACAUCUGGUGAUUUAUUAUUCUACUAGUCAUUAUGAACCACAGAUCACUUUCCUUUCAUCAGUAUUUUUAAUUUCAAAAAUGUAAAUAUAUUCGGAAAGUAGGUUUUUACAUUGAAUCUCAAAGAAUUGUUUGUACGAUAGUAAUGUGAUUCCACUUCGUGUUUUAUUUGAUUUUGUCUAACUAGUGGUAAAAUUGAAAUAAGCUGAAGAGCGACUGAGAUUAUCUAGUAGUGGCCACUCAUGAAUAUACAAAGACCUGAAUUCGAAAUCUUCACGUUAAGGGAUAAGGUUAUUCUUUAGUAAUAAAUGGUUAUCAUUUUUCAACGUCAGUCAUUUAACAUUAUAUGAUAAUCACCUAAAGCUUAUGGCCACUGAUUAACUCAUUCUAAAUGAAAUUACCCAAUGCAACUUUGGGGGAAUCUAUCUAGAAGUUGGUUACCAGGGUGGUACUGAUUAGUGUUUAUUUUUGCAGCUUGUGAAGAUUUCUGUUGUUCGACGAUAACAUUCAUUCUGUAUCGGCAUCAGCUUAAAAAAUAACAGAAAAGUUCGCUUUAGAAUAAUGUUUCGCAGCCGACCCACUUACCCGCCGCUCAGUUAUAAUCCUGAUAAUUAGCGAACAAUCUUUUCAAUUUAUUUAAAGUGUAUAAGCGCUUGUUUCCAACAGCGUAGUCGAGAUGACGAUGUCCAUGUUUAAAAAUGAUACUUAUUGUUUGUGAUAGAAUAUCUAAUUACGAGGUUUUUUCUAUUGAUGCUUGAAGCUUUCGAUUGUUGGGUGAUUGUUGGUGAUUUAUUCUCUGCAUAAAGUUGCGCAUAUCAUCAACUGUUUAUAAGUAGGUGAUCGUUAUUAAUGCUUAGGUCAUAUUAUUUAUACUAGUAUUCAUCGAAAGCGAAUGAAUAUUUUGAUAAAAAUUAGACACUGAGUGUAUAAAAGACGUAGAAAAUAGACAUUAUAUUUGAUCAGUCCUACCGAUUAAGAUUCAAAUAGUUCCAACGAUUCACCCGGCAACCUAGUCCGAACUUCUUCACGGAAAAUGAACGAUGAUUGGAAUUACUUGAAUUUUAGUUGUUGAAUUUAUUCAAAUAUAAUUUCAACAUUUACUAUAUGAUAUUGGUUUAAACAAGGAUGUUAAACAACUGUGCAACUAAUUUCAUUUCGCCUACAACAUAUAUAUAUACAUCUAAAUAAGUCAUGCUUCUGGAUAAGUCUAAGGUGAUUUUGAAAUUACACAAAACAACACAUAAUUCUAAUAUCGAUAUCUGACCCAAAAUUAGCUACUGAAAAUGAUUCCAGUAAAGCUGAUUAAUUUUCACAUUGAGUAUGUGUACUGCAUUAGUCAAUGCACUUAACUGCGAGACCAUAAUCUUAAUAGUAAUAGGCUUUGGAUCAUAUUUUAGUGAAUAAUUUUGAGACAACUGAUAGUUUAGAAAGAUGGUUUGCGUAAGAAUCUAUGAUUCUAUGGGAAACGAUGUAUUUCUAGUUAAGUAUUUCGUUUAAGUUUUGAAUAAUUAAAGGAAAUAUGGAAUGUGGUCUUGUUAGAAAUGAUAUAAAGAACGACACUGUAUGACAUCCAUUUGACUAUAAUAUCACACAAACUGUUAAGUACUUGAUAUUUAUAAAAAGGUAAAACUGUUUAAAGAAAGUAUCUAGUAAAUGACUUGUUUAGUAAAAACUGAAUGGAAUUUCCAAAUCUAUCCAAAAAGUGAACUUAAUGAAAACAAAUCAGUAUAUCAUCACUAGUAAAAUAGAACGUUUAGUCAAGAAAAUGAAGUUGAAACUAUGAUUAAACCCUAGGGUUCCUGUUAUAGGAAAAAAAUGAAAUAAAUCAUUUUCUGUCUGCAGUUAACAGCGGUAGUAAUUAGGUAAUUUGGUAAAUUAGUUGAAUUUUCAUUUCAAUUCCGAAAGCUUGGUUGAAACGAAUUAUAUGAUGUUAAAAUUGUUGUAACAACUUAUCUGUGUGUGUAAACGACGGAACAAAAUACAUUUUUAUAAACGUUUUGUAAAUUUUUCGAUUGAGUAGGUAAUGACACAAAAAAUGAUACUCUGUUAAUGUGGAAUAAAUCAUGAAUCUGUGUAGCAUUUCUAAUUGUAAGGUUGUCUUGAUUUAUGCUUUUAUCUAUGAUCUAAGAUAAUGAAGUGAACAGAGAUGAACAUUAUUGUACAAAGAGAUAAUUGCUUUACUUGUCAUUAACAAGCGACACUAAAAACUUGCAGCUGGAUUUUUCGUUUUAUUUGUAUUAUUGAUAUAUGUUUUAGUAUAAUUUCAACUUAAUUUAUUUAGACUUCAUUUAGUAGGUACUGAAAAUGGCAUGAUACAACUCCAUGUUUAAAGACUGUACUUUAUUUUUACACUUCACUGCUUGAUCGAAUCAUGUGAAUUUCGAAAAGAUGUGUUGUGUAACUAGAUGACAAUUCGUAAUAUUGGUUUCUUAUGAUUAUAGAUCAUCUGCUCAAAUAGUUUCCCUAUUGAAUGGUUAUACUAGCUUAGAUUAAUUCACAAUUUUUCUUCAAUUAGUUAAGCCCAUGGCUAAUUCCAGUAGUAAUUAUUAUGCUAAUGUACGUCACUAAAAAACAGCUAAUUAGCUUGUUUGUUAUAGAUUCUUUGAAAUGCUGUUAAAGAGUUUAACAAAUACCUUAUUAUUUGCUCAUUAUGUCUUCCUGUAAUUUCAACAUAAAAAAUUUAUCAUUGAAGAAUUUUAUUCAAAAACUUUACUAUUUCAUAGCUAAUUAAAAUGGUUACGCUUUCUCUUUACUAUUUAUGGAAACCAAUGGUAUUUUGUUGUUUUGAAAAACACCAACAAUGCGGUGUAGUUUUAAGAAUAAUUAAAACCAGAUAAAAGUACAUGAAUUAUAAUCACAAGUGUAAAAUAUGUAGACGUACAACAGAGUCACUUUUAAUUUAAUUAAACAUCCAUCAAUAUCAUUUUCACGAUGUUUGUAUGUAUGGUGAUUUAUUUGAUAUAGGUGACCAAAACUAACCUGAUGAUUGGAGGUUUCUUGCAUGUUUUGAAUGUUUUCAAACCGCUGCCUUACCUUUUUACCCCGAUGCUUAUUUUAUAAUUGUUUCUUCUUUUCUGACUCUUUUCGUUGGUGUUGUAAAAACACAAUUUUGGUGAAGUCACUUCGUGUGUCUAAUUUAACAGGUUUAAUUAAUUAAGUAUGUGUAUACCUAGAGUGACAGAUUUAUUAGAUAACAUUUUGCUUUUAACUUCAGAUAAAGAUCGUCAGCAAGCACAUAUUCAACAAGUUCAACAACACCAACAGCUCAUAUUACAACAUCAGUCACUUACUGUAUUAAAUCAUCAAGCGGCUGCAGCAGCGGCAGCUGCAGCAGCUGCAGCUCAAAUAUUACCAUCAAAUAAAUAUUCUUCAACUAAUAUUUUACCUCAGAUUCAAUCUCAGGUUCUUCCUGUAUCACUGGCAACAAACUGUUUACUUCCUGGAACAGUGAAUUCUGCAUUAUCUCAAGCUAAUUCAAUACAUUCCAUUCCAAAUAAUCAAUUAUCUCAUUCUAUCCCAUCUUUUAGCUCAGCGAAUUUAUCUACGUAUUUACCAAAUAAUAAUAUAUCCGGACUUUUAUAUCCUUUGACGGCAAAUGCAGCUUUAUCUGCAGCCGUCAGUACAGGAUCAGCUACAAAUAAUGGGCAACUUAAUCUAACUCUUCCUUUAAGCCAAAUCGCUGGCGGUAUUACUGGGAAUGGACUUUCUGGUUUAUCCUUGCCGAUUGGUUCUACGUUGCAUGCAGCCAGUAAGUUGUUGGAAAAAUGAAUCAAUUUUGUCUAUUUACCUAAGUUCAGUGACGGCCAGAUCACCAUACAAUAUUUACCGACCGUGAAACUCAAACUUCAUAAUUUCGAUUCCUGAUAAAGUCUGGGAUCUAGGCUGUUCAUAUAAAUCGUGAAUACAUGUAAACAGAAUUUUAGUACAUCCUGAUGGUUAAUAACAUUGCCAAAAGGGCUUAUAAUCUGGGCGAAAGCUAGUCUAUUGGUGUCACUUAGUCAAGAUGGGGAAGUGUUGUGAUAUAAUUCACUCACAUUAUCCAGAUUUAUUUUCUCCAAUUAAUUUUUAACAAUUAAAUAAGAAAGUUCACAUUUUGGCUUCUUUAAGCUAUCAGAGGGUACAAUUUUGUACUGUUUCGCUUUUCAAGAGUAAAUUUGAUAUUUAAGAUCAACUUUGUUGAAUCGAACCAUACUUAAUUCCCAUAAAAUAAUUCACAUUAUACUACAGUUGCUUACUUUUGCAAAAUAUAAAGAUGUCAGAUAAUAUCUGGGUAUAGUCAUUACUGAUGAAAUCAUAACGUUUCUAUUAAUAACCUUAUAGAAACAAUAAGUAAAGGUUUGGUUUUAGUGGUUAAGAACAUCGUACAAAAGAAUAAACACUUCAUCACUCACUAUUAUAUAGAAGCAAAUAAAUUAUACAUUAUUUGCGUAAUAUAGUUGACUAUGUUUCCGAUUCAACGUUAAGGAUAUAGCAAUUUAAAAGUUAUAUUUCUUACUGAUAUGAGUACAAGUACUCUUGAAAUCUUUUUACACGUAUUAUUCUGUUCAUUUAAAGGCCAUGAUCAGUUAGCUGCUGUUGCAGCUGCUCUCCUUAGUGGAAGUGGAACAGGAGGUAUUGGUGCAAGUAAUUCAAAUUUACAGUUAUGCAAUGGUAACGUGAAUAAUCCUGUAUCAGGUGCUCAUAGUUACCCAAUCACUUCACAUACAUCACUUGCAGAUGCUGUAAAUAUUCUGGAAUUCAACAACGCAUCAAAUACACAAGAAACUGGUUCAGGACCACUUAAAUUACGUUCCUUGCAAGCCACAUCAUCCACAGUUUCUCGAAUGCAUCCAUACCUAAGACAGUAAUCAAUGAAUGACGUCAUUGUUGCAAAUAAUACAAAAUCUGCUUAUAUCCAUGACAAAUAGCAGCUGUGAAUUAUUGUGAUUUCUAAUUUACCAGCAGGCUUUCAUUAAAUAAUCAAAAACAGUUUAUGUGCUUUCGUAUCACAAAUGCAAAUGCUUAAUAUCUAACCAGUUCAUUUGUCUUCUCUUAGUGUACUACAUGUAAAUUAAAUUGACUUACUCAAACAUCCCUUAUAGUUACUUGUUAUGCUUUUAUUUUCUACGAAACUUUGCUCAGAACUUGUAUUAUUAUAGUUUUUAUUACUACUGCAUAGGAUAGGGAAAAUAGAGACUGCUAUGUUAAAAGAAAAAUAUUUUGAUAUGGUUUUUUUCAUAGACACUAUCCAUGACACAAGAGUAAAUUGUCAGAGUUAUUAUAGGUGGGAAUUUUUGACUGUACUAUCAACUCGAAUCUACAUCAUGCAUACUGACUAAUAUCUUUGUUGUUAUUCUCAGUUAUAUCGAUAAUUUUCACCACGAAUAACAAUGACGGUUAUUGUAUGUUCAAUAUACAUAUAUAACGAAUGUGUUCUAAUUUUGUUUUUAUUUAUUUUAAAUAAUAUAAAUUUGUGUGAAUUGAUGUAAAACAAGUUUAAAUAUCUUCCCUUCUACCAUUACAGUAGACUUAUUUUAAACUCUAACUAUGUGUAUAUUUGAUAUUACUGUACUAAACGUUUCCGUUAUUGUCAAAUUGUCGUUUUGUGAUUGUUCUCUCUGUUUUUUUCAUCCUAUUUUCUCUAAUUCAUAUCAUACAACAAAAUGUUUGACAACCAUGACAGAAAAUCUAGUUAUGAGACUGUUUUUUAUUUGCCCGUUUUUAGCACUGCCUAAGAGUAAAUUUUUAUCUUCCAGCCCAUAUUACUUUGUUAAAUUUUUUAUACAGUUGCCUAGAUAUUUUGGUUUGACGCUCAUUUCUCUUCAUCUUUUAUUCAAAUGAUUGUGUAAUCGCAUAACUAUAUUAAGUUUAAAAUAAAACUUGUUUGUGAAAACUUGUCUAGAUCCUUUUCUAUGAUGCAUUACUUUUUUAAAAAAAACAAUUACAUCACUUCAUUCUCAUUACUUGAUUUCUUGUAUGAUCUAUUGAAAUGACAAUAUGUUCAUGGGAUUAUUCGCAGUCAGAGUGAUAUUGUCUUCCUUAUGACUGUACCUCCCCCAACCGUUAACUUUUGUCUUCUAUUUGAAUUAUUUAUUUUUAAGUUCCGUUUUAUUUUUUCCUUAUAUAUGACUUCAAAAAUGACCAUUACUACGUUUCCAGUAUUUUUGAUCUGUCAACUCAGCUACUGAGUUAAAUUUACCUGUCAGUUUAUUUACAGGAUGAAAAUACGUUAAGAGAUGUGGUGAAAAAGAAAUGAUAGAUAAAUAGCGAAAAAGUGUUGCAAAAGCCAGAAGAAAAACGAAGAACAAAGUAGAUCCGGAAAAUUAGAAAUGAAUAGACAGCAAAACAGAAAUUCAAAGACAAAUAAUACUUAUUUUUUGUUGAAAAACGUUUACUUUUCUAAAAUAUUGUUAUUUUUUCCUUUGUUAGUACAUGUAUUUGAUUAACGGACCAGACGAUUGACAGGAUAAGGAUUCUCGUCAAUACUUCUAAUGGGACACAUAAUGCAAAUGGCUUAGAAACUGUUGGUAGGAUAAACAUUAGGUUUUUUAUAUUUUCAGAAAGUCCGUAAAUUAAACAAAAGAGUUGUAAUGUUUUUAACUUAUAUAUUUGGCAUACUAUUUCACGCACCGAUUUCUAAUACUUACACUAUAUAAUGUAAAAUAAAGAAUCGUUUUUAUUUAUCGAAAAUUGAUAAGAUUCUAUGCUUUUUCUAAGAUAAUCUAUCUUUAUGUAUGGGCGCUAAUUAUGUCAGAUAGCUACAUGGAUUUAUUUUAUAUGAUCCAGUUACCUAAAUGGAUAUAGUUUUUAAUUCGGAAGCUGUUAUCUUUUGGAACCAAAUCUAGGGUUAUACACGAUCUGAUUUAAGUUAGACUACCACUGAAAACCUAGAAUCAUUGGACGGCCGUUUCAUCCUAGUAUAUGAGUCUUCAGCAGCGCGAAUCCACAACCCUACCCUUGCGAACAGGACCUAGAAUCUUCUAUCUCGUGUCCGAACAUUUAAACUCUAGACCAUGUGCUUACUAGUGACUAUCAUUGAGAGGAAUUUUCUGAAGUCCUAGUGAGAGACUGUGACGAGUGGAGCUAAACCGUAUCGACCAUGAGACAGUUACCCACCA